AAAAAACAAAAAAGUAGAGGAAAGCAUUAAAUGGCUGGCUUAUUCAGUUGAGGAGCAGAUUGGGUUUCUCCUCACCUGCUCUCUCUCUCUCUGUCUCUCCCCCAAAAUCUGCCUCAUUCUUAGUAAUUUGAGGUCAAAAUCUGCCACAGAAUACCCAAAAAAGAGAAGAAACGAAAUGGGUAAUCGAUUCAUUUGCAUGACAAAGAAGGACUCGAAAGAUAAUAAUGGAUCGAAGAGCAAGAGAAUGGGUCGAUCACAGCGCAAAUUGCUUGCAGAUGAGGAGUUGAUUCACAGGCAAGCUCUUUCCAUGGCAAUUCAGCAGCACCAGUUGUCUCAGAGGUUCGAUGGAUCCAUGUCUCGCCGAAUCGGAGGAUCCACCAGCUCUCGCCGCCGCAAUCUCUCCGAUCAUUUCCCUAAUCCCAAACAGCUUCCAGAAUUUUUGGAUAGUAUAAAAGCAAAGCAAUUUGUUUUAGUACAUGGAGAAGGCUUCGGAGCAUGGUGUUGGUACAAAACUAUUGCUCUGUUGGAGGAAUCAGGAUUGCUUCCCACUGCCAUAGAUCUCACUGGAUCUGGUAUUGAUCUGACGGAUACAAACAGUGUCACUACAUUAGCGGACUACUCAAAGCCAUUAAUUAAUUUUUUGCAGGAUUUGCCAGAGGAUGAAAAGGUUAUUUUAGUUGGUCACAGUAGUGGAGGCGCUUGCAUUUCAUAUGCAUUGGAACAUUUCUCAAAGAAAAUCUCAAAAGCAAUUUUCCUUUGCGCUACAAUGGUGCUUGAUGGGCAGAGGCCUUUCGAUGUUUUUGCUGAAGAGCUUGGGUCUGCUGAACUUUUUAUGCAGGAGUCAAAGUUCCUAAUUUAUGGGAAUGGCAAAGAUAAUCCUCCUACUGGAUUCAUGUUUGAGAAACAGAACUUGAGAGGGUUAUAUUUCAACCAAUCCCCUACAAAGGAUGUUGCUUUGGCCAUGGUGUCGAUGAGAUCUAUUCCUCUUGGUCCCAUCAUGGAGAAGCUGUCACUCUCACCUGAAAACUACGGAACUGGUCGGCGAUUUUUCAUUCAAACAUUGGAUGAUCAUGCACUUUCACCUGAUGUUCAAGAAAAGCUGGUGAGGGAAAAUCCACCUGAAGGAGUCUUCAAGAUCAAAGGCAGUGACCAUUGCCCUUUCUUUUCAAAGCCACAGUCACUCCAUAAAAUUUUGCUUGAAAUUGCUCAAAUCCCCUAGCUUAAUUUCUGAAGUAUUUUUUUUUUACUUAUAAGAUCAUAGUAAAGAUACCUUAUUUGAUUGCUUAAAGGCUGUACAAUGUGAGAGGCCAUAGUAGAAAUAGGUGCUGCUUUCUUCCUAUUGUUCUCUAAUUUCCAAUUAUGAAUAUGAAUAUGAAUAUAGGGAGAGGGGUUUUACAACCUUUUUCUAGUCAAAGUAAUAUCAUUGUUGAAUGUGAAUGCUA